AUGUCAACUACUAUCGCAAUCGCUGGCAUCAGCAGCACUCUUGCUCUUCUCAUCGCGAAAUUACUUCUCCAACAACCUGAUGUCCACAUUCGCGGCUCUUCACGUAACAUAAACAAGAUCCCGGAUGAUCUGAAAUCCAAUUCUCGCAUUUCAUUGGUACAGAGCGACCCAUACGACACUGAGACGUUGCGCACCUUGGUGCGCGGUUGCAGUGUGGUAAUAUGCUGCUACUUCUCGAGCAAUGAAGUCAUGCUCGAGACACAGAAAAGUUUAAUUGAUCUUUGUGAAAAAGAGGGUAUACCGCGUUACAUCGCCAGUGACUACACUGCAGAUUACCACAAGCUCGAUCCGACCGACUUGGGGAUUAAAAACUUUACAAACGAUAUUGGUGUGCAUAUCCUGGUUGGUCAUCUCAUCGAGACAUUUCUUGACAUUUUCGAAGUCUGGUACCCGGAAGCGAACGAGCUUAGGUAUUGGGGAACUGGUAAUGAGAAAUGGGACCUCACCUCGUAUUGGACAGCAGCAGAAUAUGUUGCUGCUGUGGCUCUUGACCCGAAUGCAUCUGGCUUCUUCAAAUUUCGAGGAGAUCAUAAAAGUAUAGUGGAAAUCGCCAAUGACGUGGAAUUAGUGACCGGCUGCAAGCAAGUCCUCAAAUCCAAAGGACCUUUGACCGUCCUUGAGAAGCGGUUGGAUGGCGCUGGUAACAUAGAGCAAACCCUCUCUGCUAGUCAAUACUUCACAUUAACUGGAAAGAUUUCCUUUGGUGACAAUAUAGAUAACGCCAAAUACCCCUCCGUGAAGCCAGAAGCAUUUUCGGACGUACUGCGACGACGUUUAAAGUAA